AUGCUUCGGACCUCGUUGCGGUCUGUCACAGGCCCUGUGCGCCGACAUGUUUGUCUCUCCUGUUUAGCUCGCCCCGGGGCGCCCAGUCUGCGCCAGUUUCACCACGUAUCUACGCUCCGGACCGAACUCAGCGAGAGCAAGCCGGAAGUCCAGUCGGUUGACGCGUCGAUUGAGCCUUCGGUACAAGCGUCGAAAAAUGUACGACAACGGUCCAAAAAGAAGAAAUAUGUUUCUCCAAUGGAUAUUCCCACGUGGGACGCGCUGAGCAAAACGCAACGAUCCAAUUACAAACAAAGACACAAGGGGGCAUACGAGAGAUUCAAACCGAUAUUACUCGCGGAAAGGCCUCAUCUUUUGGUUCAUAUUCAACGUCGCCUGGAGCUUCAGCAACUACGGUCAGAGGCAACACCGUCGGAAGCAUCACAGGGGGAAGCGCCACAGGGGAAAGCGCCACAGUCAGAAGCACAACAGGUGGAAACUAAAAAAAUCAAAGCCUUGCAAGAGAAAAGGGCCAAAAUAACGCCCGAGGAGGCGGUUAUAAUAAUGAAAAAAGCCAAGGUGGUGGAGGCCGAGCUGCUGGCAGCCAAACUAAAGGAAGAAGAUGGCCCCAAAUCACAAAAGAUUAGCCAGUGGGUUCAGCGAGAAGAAGCCCGGAUAGCCAAGCUUGAGGCUGAAGUCUCUGGACAAAAAGAGCAACCCAAAUCCGAGACUCCAAAUGAUGCCGCAACAAAAACACCCGCGGGGAAGCCAGUUAAUGGGAUGAAGAAGACCAGUGCGCUCAAUUUGAAGUCAAAUAGCAAUAUCGUGGCUCAAAUACUGGAAAGCACCUCUAAGAACAAUGUUCCAAGCCCGGAAAAGUCACCCAAGCAAGCCCCGGCCAAGCAGAAGAAAGCUGUGUCGCACCUCGCCAAGCAUAUCGAGUCUCAAGAGCACGCGUCUCUCUCUUCAGACGAGCUUUCAUUGAAAGCGGUGGAUGCCCCCAUGCCUCCGGUCCCAGGAGUCUCCUUUGGUCUCGACCGAGUCCUCUUUAAUCCUGGUGUCUACCAACUGCGUGAUCCCCGGUCCCGUGUCUACAAUUUCGACCCAUACCUGGGCCAGAUUAUGCCCGUGACGGAAUUCGACUUUGAUUCCUUGAAGCCGUAUAUCACCUCAUCUAAAGAUGUGGUAGCCUGCGAAAUGGCCGCGCAAGAGAAGAAGAAAUACUACGGCUCGUCGUCAAGUAUGACCUCAGCCCUGUCUCACUUCCAUUAUCUGCUAUCCGCUUGGCGACCUAUCGAUACUCGCCGCAUCUCCCAGGGCUUCUCAGACAAUCUGCGCACCUUCACUCGCCUCCUUCGAGCACCGACUGCCAUGUUCCUCCACUACAAGGAGAAAGAAGAUGUCUACGCUAUCGACGCCGACAAGGAAUACGACAGUGCUAAUAUCCUCAUGAACCUGGGCAAGUCAAUGGAGAAGCUCCUCACUCUCCCAAAGGAAGAGUUCGAGCGCUACCGCCGCACUAGCGAGAACAAGAUCACACCCGAAGAAGAAGAAACCGUCCCUGAAUCCUACCACUACACCGGCAUUGGCAAAUUCCUCAUGCGCUCGCAGCUCGACGCCUACGAUCCCAGACUCCCAGGAACCGGCAUGUUCGAUUUGAAAACCCGCGCCGUAGUCUCCAUCCGUAUGGAUGCCGCAAACCACGAGCGCGGAAUGGGCUACGAGAUCAAGAACCGUUUCGGCAUGUACGAGUCCUACGAACGCGAAUACUUCGACAUGAUCCGCGCCGCCUUCCUCAAGUAUUCCCUGCAAGUGCGCGUCGGCCGCAUGGACGGCAUCUUUGUCGCUUACCAUAACAUCGAGCGCAUCUUCGGAUUCCAAUACAUCAGUCUCCCGGAAAUGGAUCAGUCGCUGCACGGUCAGAGUAACACCGCUCUCGGAGACAAGGAGUUCAUCCUGAGUCUCGGUCUGUGGGAGAAGGUUCUCGACAAAGCCACGAAGAAAUUCCCCAAGCAAUCUCUUCGCUUCCACUUCGAAACCCGCGAUGCCCAAACUCCCUUCAUGUACAUCUUCGCCCAGCCCGUGACUUCGGAUGAAAUCCACGCCAUCCAGACCAAGAACCACGCCGAGAUCGAAGCCUUCCAAGAAAAGCUCUUCAAUCCCGAGAAGUUCGCCAAGCAACAAGCCGAACUCGAGUCUUCCAUCUCGGAUAAGCCACUCGUUGAAGAAAUCACGGAACCCGGCAGCCAACCCAAAAUCCAACCCCAGACUUCAACCGAACCCGAGACCUCAACCGAAGAAACCGACGCCUCAACCGAAUCCAACACCCUCGAUUCCAGCGAGCCCGUCGACCCAACUCUCGUCUCCGGCGAACAACCCGCCGAAACAGAAGCCGAAGCCGACGCCGACACCUUCGCCAUUCCCGAACCAACCAAGUCCGAAGCCGAGAAACCCGAUGACUAUGUCGAGGAUCUCCUCGCCAUGACGCUGGUCAUCCGGAGCAAGAUCAACGGCGAACCCGUGGAACGACCAACACACAUCAACCGCAACGACAAGUGGACUGUGGACUACGAGCUGGACGAAGUCAGCGUCGAGCGAGGCAAUGAGCUGCUGCGGAUGUGCAAGCGCCGUCGUAAGCUCGUACUGGAGAAGACGGCCGAGGAGGACGUCAGUGAUCGCAAUAAUGAGUAUCUGACGCGGUUGCGCAAGCUCAGCGAGCAAGGACGGAUUUUCCGGAAGAGGGAGAACAAGAAGGAUCGGGAGCGGGGGAUUGUGAUUUAUGAGGAUUUGAGUAGGAAGGAUGUGAAGGCUUAG